GGCCGAGUGCGAAGUAGUCACAGCGAGCGGGAGAGCAGGCGAGGCGUGCGGAGAGGCGCCUGCGCGAUGUCUGGGCCCUUGAGCCCGCGGCGCUGAGCCAGCCGGGACGGACAUGCGCGGCAGGGCGCCGUGGGGCAGCCGCGCUCCGCCGGGGGAAUGAAAGCUACUGGUUGACUAAAAAUCCUUGGGCUUCACAACUUUGGAGUCAUCCCAGAAUAAGGCACAAUGUCAACAGCAGGAGUUGCUGCUCAGGAGAUUAGAGCCCCAUUAAAAACUGGAUUUCUACCGAAUGGCCAAGCCUUGGGGACUAUGAAGACCUGCUGGGGCAGUCGCAGUGCUUUGGAAAAUAAUUUUUUAAGUAUUGAUCCAAUAACCAUGGCCUACAGUCUGAACUCGACUGCCCAGGAGCACCUAACAUCUAUUGGGCAUACUUCAAAAUCUGCUCCGAUGAAUGGGCACUGCUUUGCAGAAAAUGGUCCAUCUCAGAAAUCCAGCUUGCCUCCUCUUAUUAUUCCAAGUGAAAACUUGGGACAACUCGAAGAGGAUCCAGUUACGUGUAGUUUCAAGAAACUUUCAGUAAAUGGGGUUUGCGCUUCUACUCCUCCACUUACCCCCAUAAAAAACUCACCUUCCCUUUUCCCCUGUGGAGCUCUUUGUGAACGGGGUUCUAGGCCCCUUCCGCCACUGCCAAUCUCUGAAGACCUCUCUCUGGAUGAGACAGACUGUGAGGUAGAAUUCCUAACUAGCUCUGACACAGACUUCCUUUUAGAAGACUGUACACUUUCUGACUUCAAAUAUGGUGUUCCAGGCAGGCGAAGCUUCCGUGGAUGUGGACAGAUCAAUUAUGCGUACUUUGAUACCCCUGCCGUUUCAACAACUGAAGAUCUCAACCAUGCAUCUGACCAAAAUGGAUGCAUCCAAAAUUCAAAUCCUCCUCCAUCUCAAAGCCACCGAAGACUGAGAAGAUCUCAUUCAGGACCAGCAGGAUCUUUUAACAAGCCGGCCAUAAGGAUAUCCAGUUAUUUACACAGAGCUUCUCCUAACUCUGAUGAAGACAAACCUGAGGUUCCCCCCAGGGUUCCCAUACCUCCAAGGCCAGUAAAGCCAGAUUAUAGAAGAUGGUCAGCAGAAGUUACUUCUAGUACCUACAGUGAUGAAGACAGGCCUCCCAAAGUACCGCCAAGAGAACCUUUGUCACGGAGUAACUCCCGCACACCAAGUCCUAAAAGCCUUCCAUCUUACCUCAAUGGGGUCAUGCCCCCUACCCAGAGCUUUGCCCCUGAUCCCAAGUACGUCAGUAGCAAAGCUCUACAAAGACAGAACAGUGAAGGAUCUGCCAAUAAGGUUCCUUGCAUUCUGCCCAUUAUCGAAAAUGGAAAGAAGAUUAGUUCGACACAUUAUUACCUACUACCUGAGAGACCACCAUACCUGGACAAAUAUGAAAAAUUUUUUAGAGAAGCAGAAGAAGCAAACACUCAAAUCCAGCCCUUAUCUGCUGACUGCAGUAUCAUUUCGGCCACAGAAAAGCUGGACUCCAAAACAAAAAUGGAUAUAGGGGGCCACGUGAAGCGCAAACAUUUAUCCUAUGUGGUUUCUCCUUAGACUUUGGGGUCCUGACUCAGCAGAGGUUACACAGGAACAGAUGGUUCUCGAGCAAUAUUCCAAGCUGAUUGAGGUUCACGGGAAAAUCUUUUAUAUUGCAGAAUAGUUGAACUCUCUGUCUUAAAGAGAAAGGUUUAGAGCAGGUGUGAGGUGCUGUUAUGUUGAGAAUCCCUGAUUUUGUUAGUGUUGGAGAAAACUCUAUUCAAGUCUAUAAUUUAAAGAUGUGAUGGCGGGGAGGGAGGGAUGGGAAAACUUUUAUAUAUGCAUACAUUAUAUACCUUUAUAUAAACUUGUGGUAUAACCAUAGACGAUAGUUGCAGGUUAACCAGUUAGUUACUAUCUUAGAGUAAUAUAUAUUCAGAAUAAUAAAAACUCAAGCUGGAGAAAUGACUCUUGAUAGACUGAAAAUUGAGCAAAAUGGAAGAAAAUACAGUAUUGUUUAGAAUCAGAUUCAUAAAAAAAUUAUUUUUGUUUAGUAAGUUUGAAGAUUUCUGGCUUUUAGGCCUGUUAUAUUUUUCGUUUCACUUAUUUUUGCAAACACUCUUUUCCAUGGAUGGCAGGGUGUCCGUUCUUGACCAGGACUGUACCUACCAAAUUUAAAAAUCACCCCAAGGUCUAAAACUUCAGGUUUUGUGUUUUGUUGAUGGGUGGGGGUAACAGUUUAUUUGGCAAACCAUGUUAUCACCUGUACAUCUCACAUUUUGAAAAAUGAAAAUAGAAUUAGUAAAUCAUUUUUCCUUACAGUUCCUGCUUUAUCGCACGCAGUAAAAUGGCACGUUGCAGUUGUGCCUGACAGAGACAGUGGGGUACGCUAGACUCAAGUGGAAAGGCAGACUAGUUGCCAGUGUGGAGGGGAUCAGUUUUAAGCAAUAGUGAAGCAAUUAGCUCUGUGACUGAGAGUUUUUGUGUGGGGGUGUGUGUUGUGGAGUUUUUUUGUUUUUGUUUUUUUUUAGACUGUAUUAAUAAACAAAU